UUGUAAAGUGUAAUACUAAUGAUUAACCUGAUCAAUCUGAGUUUUGCCUAUACAGCACGUGAAAGAGACGGAGAGGAAAUCAUAGCAGAAGAAAGAGAAGGUGAAAAACAGCCAAACAUUUUUGAGAGAGGAAGAGAAGCAGAGGAAAAUGAAGCAGGAGAAAGUGAAAAACAGCAAAACAUUUUUGAGAGAGGGAGACAGGCAGAGAAAAACAAAGCAGAAGAAAGUGAAAAACAGGAAAACAUUUUUGAGAGAGGGAGAGAAGCACAGGAAAACGAAGCAGAAGAAAGUGAAGAGGAAUGGCAAGAGGAAAAUAUAACCAAGGAAAGUGAAAUAGAAUGCAGAGAGAAAGAAAAUAGACAUACGACAAGAGAAGAGAACAAAACAGCAAGAAGCUACACCGUCCUGGGAAGGCUGUCAGUCCCAGGCACGAAAAGGAAAUACACAGUCACUCAGGAUGAAAUAAAACGAAGAAUCAUUACAGAAAACAUGUCAAACAACAUGUUAAGAAGCCUGAUUAGGGUUCGUAAAGAUGAUCUCCCAGAGGAGCUUAGACAAAGACCAAAAAAAGCUAAGACAAAAAUGAGCAUCUUCUCUGCCCUCAGUGAAGGGGAGGCCACAGAUUUAGCCCAGGAGCUAGGAGCUAUGCUUGGGCGACAUGUCAACCUAGACAUGGGUACAAUUGUUCCAAGUGCAGAGGCAGAGGUUGCAAAGAAUGCACUCUGCACCCUCCAGUCCUUGCUGAGGGAAAGACUGGGAGAUGAAUCCCCUUUUAGUCUCAUCACACAUACAUUUGGACCACAAAUUCUUGAUGUUGUCAUCUCAUUUUUAAUCAGUCAGUUUAAGUAGCUCUCUCAAUGUUAAAUUGUAACAAACAUAACUACAGCAGUAGUUAAUAGAUUAGUUUUUAGUUUAAAACAAUAACAGUUCACUGUUCCAAAACAAACUCUGAUAGUUCCAGGGUAGUUUUAAAUGGUGCUUGUUUA